AUGGCCUCUCCAAUGCCUCUCCGCCACGUCGGCAUGGACGACGAGAUGGCCUUGGAAAAGAAUGCCGGCCUGAUCAUGGGGACAAACAACAGCAGCAUAGUAUCCAAGAGGAGUGUGGAAAGGCUUUACCUGCCUCAGCCACAUUUCUACCGCUAUUUCGUCAAAAAGCCCCAAAGGCGAGCCCCGACCAUUAACCGUGGAUAUUGGCUUCGCAUGAGAGCCAUUGACUGGGUGGUAAGACAGUUUUUGGAAAGGUCUUCAGAGCAGAAGAAAGUCAUCAUCAAUCUGGGCUGUGGCUAUGACCCUCUUCCUUUCCAAUGGAUGGCCCAAGACAGAGACCUGUGCGGCAACACCAAAUUUAUCGAUGUCGACUUCGACGAGCUUAUGGUCAGCAAGCGAGAGAUCAUCUUAAACACCCCUAAGAUGAAGGAUAUGCUUUCUUUGACUCCCGAUCGACCGACGGAAAAAGGGGUCGUGCUGGAUACCGAGGAGUAUACCGCACUCGGCUGUGACCUUCGAAACCUGCGACGGCUAGAGCGAUUGGUCAGAUCUGUUGUUGACAUUGACCAAUGUCUUGUGCUAUGUGUUGCGGAGGUCAGCAUCACUUAUAUGUCUCCCGAUGAUUCAGAUCCUCUUAUUGCGUGGACAACCACUCUGUCCCCCGAUGUGACCUUCUGCUUGUUGGAGCAGCAAUGUCCGGAUCGACCUGAUAAUCCAUUUGCGGCGGCCAUGUUGAAACACUUUGCCAAGUUGGGAACACCUCUGCGUUCGCUGCUCAAGUACCCUGGGAACCAUACUCAAACACUACGCUUUCAGGACGCAGGGUACUCUCAAAUCGAGAUACAAAGUCUAUGGGAAUUAUGGGCUGAUCCUAGAUUCCUGUCUCCAUCGCAAAGAAUGUCUCUGGAUGAGGUCGAGCCUUUCGACGAAUGGGAAGAAUUCGCUUUGUUUGCAUCUCAUUACUGUCUAAUAGUGGCGCAGACUGGUCCUGAGCCGUUGAUACCGGAACAACCUAGGUCGAGGCGAGCUUCCGUCGACAGCUUCGCCUCGGAUCUUUCGACAAGAACAGUUUCCCCGUACAGAGGACAGACGCAAUGGUUUGCAUACAAGUUCUCACCCAACCCCAAUCAAGAAGGACGAACUCACCACGGCUCGGCAUUCUCCAUUCCCGGUCGAGAUGCCAUUGGCCUUCAUGGUGGGAUAGGCCCUCAGGGCCGUCAGUCGACCACAUCAGUCUAUGCGCCUGCAGAUUCCAACCUGCCAUUUCCUCCAGUUCCCCCGGAAGAGAUCGGCGCAAGAUGUUGUCACACUAUAACUUCGCUUGAGAGCGGACAGAAUGUGCUAGUAGGUGGGCGUCUGUCACCUUCUGCGCCGUUGAAGGAUUGCUGGUUACAAACGGGGUCCAAGUGGGAAAGGAUCCAGGACCUUCCCGAACCACGCUUUCGACAUCGAGCCGCUGCUGUGACCCUGUCCGACAAUCAUUAUGGUGUUCUGGUGUUUGGAGGCAAGACAUCCGCCACCAAGGUCGCGCUAGACUGUCUUCUCUGGGACCAGAAAAAUGGGUGGCAGAAAUUGAGGUCUCUGCGAUCAGACCCUAUGCCACGAUUUGGGGCGAGUUUUGUCAGGCUAGGCUUCAACCAUGGUCUACUAUUCGGCGGAAUGCGGCACGAUGGAGUCAUCUGCCAGGGACUAUGGAGGUGGAGGCUGAUCAUCCGAGACAACGUCGUUGCCGGCAUCAGUUUCAAGACCUCUACCGCACUGGAUGCGUCGGCGGGGAGCUUCCCCUGGUUGUCUCGUCUCGGAGCCUCAUACAGCGUGAUUCGGAACGAAUUGCUUGUUAUCGGAGGCGUGGCCAAACACGGGUGUAUUCCCAAGGACUACGAGGUUCUUUCUAUUCUUGGAAGCUUCUCCGCGUUCAGCGAGUUUGAGAAGGAAAUGGAGCUGCGAGUCGCCUGCGUCACACCAAAGAACGACCCGAACGUCCCACGACCUUUUCUCGUCGGCCAUUCGUCGCACCGUACCGCGAAAGAGACCACGCUGCUCGUGGGCGGCGGGGCAACAUGUUUUAGCUUUGGCUCGUACUGGAAUCCUGGGUGUUGGCUGCUCUACUACCAAGAACCAGGCGUGAGUUCACCCUGGGCUCUCGUGAAGCCAACACCGUCUGAACUGUCGCCUAGCCCUAUUCCGGCGUCAAAAGAAGGCCCAUCGCACCCACCCAUCUCAGUUGAGGCCAUUCGCCUGUGCAAUGAGCAAGACUUCGCCCACGUCCUUCGCGAAGGCACGCCGAAAAUCUUGACGUCUCUUGACAUUGGUUCCUGCGUGUCAGUGUGGACUCCGACGUACCUUGUCUCCAAGGUUCCCGCCUCGAAAUCCGUUGUGGUCCAUUCUGCGUCAAGCCGAACCAUGAGUUUCCAGCGCAAAGACUUCCUUUACAAAACGCUGCCCUUCCACGAGUUCGUCACUAGUCUCACAAGGGACCCCAAUGCGCAUAUGUACUUGCGCUCGAUCUCCAGCACCAACCCGACACAGCUGCCCGCCGACUUGUCGACUGACUGGCCGGAGUUGGCGAAGGACUUUGUCCUGCCGCCCGCCCUGAGCUUCGUGAGAGAAACGCAGCAUAGCAGCCCACUGCGUAUCAGUGCCAAUGUCAACAUGUGGCUACAUUACGACGUCAUGGCCAACGUGCUCUUUCAAGUCCGGGGCGCACGCAAACUCAUCUUGUUCCCGCCCGAAGAUAUCAAGCAUUUGUCUUUUCCACCGGGCUCCACGACUUCGACGUUCGACAUUUUCGAACCCACGGCCGACGGCCAAAAGAACCACCUCGGUGAACCAGACCGACUAAUCUCCAUUCCAAACACCCAUCCGCAUGUCGCAAUCCUGCGGCCAGGAGAAGCACUUUAUAUACCUCCUUUAUGGGCACAUGCCGGCACACCGAUGCCCGCGCCAACAACAAGACUAACACCCACCCCCAAGCAAAAGUCACCAUCUCCACACCAUCAGUCUACUCCCCAGGCUCAACCGGACACUAAUCAGUUUCAACACAUACCUAGUCCUCACAGCAAGUCAAUCGAGGCAUCGAAGUCACCAGCCGACGCCGAAUCCUCACACAUCAACAUCUCUCUAAACAUCUUUUUCCGCUCCCUCUCUCCGUCACGCUACGCGGCUGGCCGCGACGUAUACGGCAACCGCGAUCUCGCCGCCUACGAAGACGGCCGACGAGACGUCGACAAGAUCGUGCGCCGGUUUCUCUCCACCAGUAACAAUAACCCCAAAAGCGACGCUUCACACUCUGCAGAAACACAUUCUGCAAGCCGUAACGGAAAUGGAGAUACCGACGACCGUCAAUGCGAGAUACCUGAGGGUAUUCCGAAGGCCAUUGCCAAAGCCUAUCUCGAACGACUCGCUGACGAGUUGAGAGACCGUGCGAAGAAACUGUAG